AUGGGCAGCGCAUCAUCCAACAAGGACUUCACCGUCACCAUUGUUGGUGGCGGGAUAGGUGGUCUAACUCUUGCGGCUGGUCUUCUCCGCCGCAAUGUCCCUGUUCGAAUCUUCGAGGCUGCCUCGGCAUUCAAGGAGAUUGGGCUAGGGCUUUCAAUUGGCCCCGCGGCUCACCGUGCCAUGCCGCUAAUCGACCCCCAAAUCCGAGAGAUCUAUGACUCGCUGGUCACCACGCAUGCCGAUAGCCCUGGCUAUGAGAGCUAUGCGCAAACGUGGUUUGAAGUUGUCUGGGCGAGUGGGGUCCACGAGGGGGAUUUAUUAAUGAACCUCAAAGCUCUCCCGUCAGGGCAAACGACGCUCCGUCGCGCAAAUUUCCUGGAAGCCCUGGUCAAUUUGAUCCCGCCGGAGAUUGUACAGUUUGGCAAGCGGCUGGAGAAGCUGGAGGAGACGGCCGACGGCGUGAAUCUGUAUUUUGAUGAUGGCACUACAGCUGUCGCAGAUGUCGUUGUCGGGUGCGAUGGAAUCAAGUCCAAAGUGAAAGAGUCCAUGCUGCCCGAAGAGUCGAAAGACAAGCAGCCUCAAUAUAGCGGCAUGUACGGCUACCGUGCUGUCUUCGACAUGGAUGAGAUGGUGCAGGCUGUCGGCGAUCAACGCGCCAGGGUAUCUACCAUGUACAUCGGGGACGGUGCAUAUGGAAUCUCGUAUCCGAUUAUGCGGGCCCAAAAGGUUAAUGUCGGACUAUAUAUUCUCAACGACACAUGGAACUGCGAUACUUGGGUGCGACCGGCAAAGAAGGAGGACAUGCUGCGAGAUGCCAGUAAGAUGGGCAGAUACUGGAAAUCGCUAGUCGAGCACAUGCCCGAUCCUUCCCAAUGGGCCGUCUUUGAACACCCUGCCCUCUCGACAUAUUCACGAUCUCGUGUGGCUAUCCUGGGAGACGCCGCGCACGCCUCUACACCGCACCAAGGCGCUGGAGCUGGACAGGCGAUUGAAGAUGCGCUUGUACUGGCAGAACUUUUUGGUGAUUCCAGCGUGAGGUCGGUCAGUGAUGUCAAGGCGGCAUUUAAAGCAUACGACGACGUUAGACGGCCUCGAAGUCAACGCGUGGUCACUAGUAGCAAGGAGAAUGCCUAUCUUCUUUGCUUGUGCCUGGAGGGAGUUGGCGAUGAUGCGGAGAAACUGAAAGAAACAUUCCAAAAGCGACUACGUUGGCUUUGGGACCUGGAUGUGCAGGCUCAUGCAGAUGAAGCCAAACAGAAAAUGGCCGAAUAUAUGCGAGCAUAA